AUGGGUCAAUGCAUAUCUCAAAGUCAAGCCGAAUUUCAACAAUCGAGAAACACGCUGCAGGCACGUGGUGAAUUCUUAGGUUCAGACUUGAGGGUAAUGUUCAAUAAUCCUGUAUAUAGCGAUACAAUUAUUACUUGUAAAGAUGGUGGUGUAUUGUACGGCAGUAAAUUACUUUUGGCGGCCCGUUCUGAUGUAUUUGCUAAUAUGUUUUUAAAAUCUAAAAACAAUAACGAUAAAAAUGCAACAAAUAAUGAUGAUAAUAUUAGACUUCUGGAAUUUAAUUCAAAAACAAUAUUAAUGAUUCUAGAAUAUUUAUAUAUGGGAAAUAUUACGAUGGAAACAUUAACGCUUAAAAAUGUAGUAGAAGCAUAUUUUGCUGCCGAAUAUUUUUUACUUCCUCAACUUGAAGAAAUAGUAAUCUCAUUCUUAGAUAACGCAUUAAAAUGUAGUGCGGAUAAUAAUUUGGCUGCAAAACUUUUAACACAAGCAACGGAAUUCAUGUUACCUUCAACAGAUGACAUAUUAUAUCGAACACUUUAUGAUUGUUUAAUCGUUACCCCAUUAGAAACAAUAGAUUAUGGAAUCCUUAAUCAGGAAGGAUUACAAUUUAUAAUAUCCGCAAAAGAGAUAAAAACUGAAGAAUUUGCAACUCCUGAAUACAGCGUAUUUCGUUAUAUAACAUUAUGGGCGGCUAAUAAAAUUUCCCAAGACGCUGUUACUUAUUUCGAAUACCUUUUACCAACAUCUGAUCAUGCAGAACAUCUUGACGUCUUACAAUUAGAUAGAUUACGUAGAGCUCAUGAAAUAAAUCAUCAUAAAAGUAAAGAACUUUAUGAAUUAAUCCUUCCAUUAUUAUCACCUUUGUUAGAAUGUGUUGAUUUCAAAUUAAUUCAUCCUUCAAUAUUGGCAAAUAUUAUUGAACCAUUGGAUUUGGCUCCUUCUGAAGUUUUGGCAGAUGCAUUUAAAUAUCAAACACAAUUACCUCCCGGUGUAGGUCCUAAAAGAAAUAGAGGCAUUAUUACCGCGAAACCUGGAAAUAUGAGACUUCAAUGGGAUCAAAAUGCUCAUGGUCCAAAUAUUUUUGUUCUUGAGAAUAACACAGUUCUUAAAAGUCGUUCAAGAAAAUCUGAAUUUGCAAGAACAACUCUACCAAUUCGAGGUCAUGAAAUAUAUGAAUGGGAUAUUAUAAUAGAGGAAGAUUGUAAAUAUAUUUGGAUCGGUGUGUGUACUGAAAGAAGAUUCGAAGUUAAUUAUUCAAAUUGGUUAGGUGGAGAAAUUUAUGGUUAUACACUUGGAUCAAACGGUUCACUUGCUCAUAAUAGAGGUCCAAAUAAUGAAAAAUCUUUAAAAAAUUCUACUAUUUAUGGAACAAAGUUUGGAAAAAAUUCUCGUAUUACUGUUCAUUUAGAUAUGGGAAAUAGAACUUUAUCAUUUUCAAUUAAUGGUGUAAAAUAUGGUGAUGCAUUUACUGAUUUACCAAGUGAAGUUUACCCGGCUGUUUCAUUAAAAAAGCCAGGAAAAGUUAGAAUUGGUCUUCAUCAAAAUACUGUUUCGAUGGUUGAAUUGAAUAACAAUGGUCCAGUACAAUAA